UCUUACCAUUGUUUUUUUCCGGUCUGUUUUUAUCUCUGAAAUGGCCGAUACAGGUUUUGGGGUUGCUUAUUGAGGUAGAAAAGAAUGAAUUUCUUAGUCAUAUAGACUGUAUUUUGCCGGUGACUUGUCGUAUCUUGCUGUCUGCUAUACAUGCAGUCACAAACAGGCAAGAGAGCUUUGAGUUCGAAUCCAUUCUUCCACUUUGGAAGGAGGCGUACUAUUCUUUAGUUAUGCUAGAGAAGAUGAUUCAUCAAUUCCAUGACUUAUGCUUUGCAAAGGAACUAGAGGGUAUAUGGGAAGCAAUAUGUGAGAUGUUGUUGCACCCACACUCGUGGUUACGCAACAAAUCAGGUCGUCUCAUAGCUCUAUACUUUGCACGUGUAACAGAUGGCAACAGAGAAAAUCAUCAAAGCUCCUUAAGUAGUUAUUUUAUGAUGAGUCCUAGUAGAUUAUAUUUAAUAGCCACUUCUCUUUGCUGCCAAUUGAAAAUGCCACUCAUAGAUGAUGCUGACAGCAACCUGAUGACGCAGAAUAUUGUCUUUGCUAUUUGUGCUUUAAUGAGGCAAACUGGCAGCAUAGAUCCAUCUGCAUUCUGGUCUACUCUUGAGAAAAAUGAGAAGAAUCGGUUUCUCAAAACUUUUGACAUGAUUAAUGCAAGAAAAGAAAGAAUCAUGUUCAUGUCUUCAUCACAAACCUCCUCCGUACGUGAAGACAUUAGUCAAGUUAAUGUUAAGAACACUCAACAUAUACUUGUAUCGUUAUUGCUCAAGAAAAUGGACAAAAUUGCUCUUCAAACAGAUGCUAUUCAGCUGGAAAUAGUCUUCAACAGUUUUGGGGAACUUAUGGCACAGAUGGAGAUGAGUAUGGACUAUGCACAUGUGGUCCUUAUACCUUUAUAUAAAGUUUGUGAAGGAUUUGCUGGAAAAGUAGUAGCUGAUAAUCUGAAAAAGCUGGCAGAAGACACCUGUGGGAAAAUAGAGAAUAUUAUAGGUACUCAAAACUUUGUGCAAGUUUAUAACCUUAUCAGGAAGAAUCUGAGUUUGAAAAGAAAUAAGAGGAAGCAAGAAGAAAAGGUGAUGGCUGUUAUCAAUCCGAUGCGAAAUGCCAAAAGGAAAUUGAAGAUUUCUGCCAAGCAUCGUGCCAACAAAAAGAGAAAGGUUAUGACUUUGAAGAUGAGGAAAUGAUUGAGGGAGUGGUGCCAUAUAGUUUGGAGGUUUUAGUGCUUGUGUCAAGGUUUUAGUACAACCAACCAAGUAUCUUACUAUCUUAUUAUAGCAAUUCAUUGUCAUCUGCUUGUUUG